AGGAAUGUUGCAAAAACUAGAUCAUGGCUGCAUUCUCCCAUGGAGCGACAAGAAAGAUGAAAAGGUAAAUGAUGUGCAGCCUGAUUUCAUUCCCCGUGAUUACCAGAUUGAGAUGCUCAAUCGGGCUAAAAAAGAGAACACUAUUGUCAUGAUGCCAACAGGUUCUGGAAAAACAUUUGUUGCUGUACUAUUAAUCAAACAUUACAUUCACCAAGUCAUGACAGAUCCUUGGAAAGGGCCCUGCAAAGAGAACAAAAGUUGCGGUGAUCGUAAGUGUAGUUGUGGUGAUAGAAAUUGGAAAAGGACCUUUUUCCUUGUCAAUCAAGUCACUCUAGUGUCUCAGCAAAAGAGAGUAUUAGAACGACAUACAGGUGUUUCAGUUGGAGAGUACAGUGGGUCUCAUAGCAAAACAAUUGACACAUGGAAUGAGAAAACUUGGUAUUAUGAAUUCAAACAGCACCAGAUUGUAGUCAUGACAACAGACAUUUUCAAAAAUUUGCUUUCAACUGGAAUUCUGAAGACCAGUCAGGUCAAUGUUCUUGUUUUAGAUGAGUGCCAUCAUGCCAAAGAAAAUCAUCCUAUGGCUGUUGUCAUGAGAGAUUAUUGGAAUCCGAGAAAACCAGAUGGACGUGUCCUGGGACUAACAGCAUCAGUGAUAGACAAAAAGAAAAUUAGUGGAAAGGCUGAAUUACGACUUUCUAUUGAGAAACUCCAAAAAAUGCUUCAAUCACGACUUGUGACCCCAUUAGAAUUUGUUAAUCAAAUCAAAGAUGUAAAACUCCCUGAUCCAGUGAUUUAUUCUUUUGACCAGGGAAAUUAUGCAAAUGAGUUAUUGGUCAUCACAGAAAACUUGUUGGAUACUAUGAGCAGGUAUACUGUGAAGGCUCUUCCUGAAGUUGAACAAUCGACUUAUAACCAUAUCAAGAAAAUUGUAACAGCUAUUCCUGUUAUAAUAACUGAAGUAGGCAUUGAUGCUCUCAGAGCUAUAUUGGAGGAUGACAGAGGCUUUAUCGCAGAAAUUGGUAACUAUCUUGCAAGUCCUAAUAUUGCACCUUCAAAGGAAGAUGAUGGCACUAUUAUUGAAUGUGUGACUUAUAAAGUGGGUCAAACCAUUUUGAAGCAACUUGAAUAUCUAAAAACAACUACUCAAAGUGUAGUUGAUAAUUCUCAAGAGGUGCGAAUGUCAGUAAAAUUUUAUGAGCUUUUAAAAUAUGUUUUAAAGCUUCAAUAUGACACUGGUGAAAAUGCAGAUCCUCCAAGAAUCAUUAUAUUCAUAGAGAGGCGUAGAGUUGUGGAUGCAAUGUACAAAUACUUGUGUAAGCUUCGGAGAGAAGUCAGGGGUUGUGCUAACCUGAAAGCCUCUUAUGUUCUUGGUGGUUCUACAGGAAGUGGUGGAAAAGAAGAGGAUGACUUGAAGAUGUCUUCCUUUGAAAUAGAUGAGUUAAUAUCAAUAAAGAAGCAGCAAGAGCAAGCUCUUAUUGAUUUUAGAGAGGGUAAAAGUAACAUACUGUUAGCAACAAGUGUAGUUGAAGAAGGUUUAGAUAUACCAGCCUGUAAUGUUGUCAUCAGAUAUGACUUUCCUCAAACAUAUCGUGCAUAUGUUCAAUCUAGAGGAAGAGCCCGCCAAAGGCCUGCCAAAUUUACGUUUUUCUUAAAGAAGUCAGAAAUUGAUGAAAAGGAAGGGCUUCUAAAAAGUUUUCAUGAUAUUGAAAUGCUUCUAAGAGAAUAUGCGUCUGACUUAUCUCCAAGAGAAGUUGCUGAAGAGGAUGAUGAUGAACUAGACUAUAACACUUUGAUUCCACCAUUGGAGGUUGAGGGAACUGGAGCAAAAAUAACAGCAACUUCAGCUAUACAGCGGCUUAACUUUUAUUGCAGUCAACUUCCAAAAGAUGAGUAUACUGAUGUAAUGCCAUCUGAUUUUACAACUGAGGAGAAUAGUGGUUUCAAAACUACAAUUACCCUUCCAAAAUUGUGUCCCGUUAAGUUAUCAGUGGAAGGAGACUGUUUGGCCAACAAAAAGCUUGCUAAAAUGUCAGCUGCCAUGAAAACCCUUGAAGCUUUGUAUUCAGCCAAUGAACUAACAGAUGCUUUGUUGCCCCAGUUUAGGCACAAAGAGGCCAACCCUUUGAUGAUUGCAUCAGAGGAUGGUCGCUCAAUGACCCUGGAUCAAAAACUAAAAAUACCAACUGUUCUUUGGAGAAAAGAUCUGAAGGAAGAAUCUGGAUUAUUUUAUCUGUACUCAAUCCGACUGGAGCUGACACCACAUGAUAGUGAUUUUGCUGAGCAUUUCGUCAAAGGAAAAGAUCACCGAGUGGCGUGUUAUGGUAUUUUGUGCAAGGCAGAGCUGCCUAAUUUUCCGCUAUUUACCGUUCACCCCCGAUUUGGUUCUGUAACAGUCUGUAUUCAAUUUGAAAGAAAGAUCGAUGUACCCAUCCAUCUCCUGCAAACAUACUAUUGGUUUCAAGAGGCUGUGUUUACACAUGCUCUUGAUAUGAACCAUGUCAGACAAUGCUCUGACGCCAUUUUCAAGAGUUACUUUAUACUUCCGUUGUGCUGGAGAUCGAAGGCAAAGGGGUUGCAAUUUUCUUCAUCUAAUAAUAAAUCCUGUUUCUUGGACAUCGACUCCAGAUUUAUAACUCAACUUCAGAAACAGUGGGAUUUCGAGCAUAAUCACUGGAUAUUCGGUAACAUGCCAUCUGAUUUAAAUAAGUGUUUGGAUUCUGUGAUCUUCCCUGCUUAUAACCAUUCUGAGCAUCCUAAUAACAAAGAUAUAUCCGGAUAUCUGUAUGCAGUGAUCCAGAAAUCAGAAUUAACUGCUGCAGAUAAGAUGAGGGGUCGUGCUAAUACAAGUGCUGACGGUCUGGAAACCCAAACAUAUGAACAAUACCACCUUGAAAAACAUGGAAUUAAACUUCAAAACCCUUCAAAGCAACUAUUGGAGUGCAGGAAUAUUACUAGACACUAUGCUUUUUUGACACCCCAUGCUAGUAAAAAGUCAAACCGGCCUCCAAUGCAGUUAAUUGGAGAGAUAUGUAAGGUUCACCCCAUUCCAUCAUCCUUGUGGAGCCAGGCUACUUGUUUACCUUCAAUUUUAUGGAGAAUGGAAACAUUUUGCCUUAGUAAAGAACUAACUGACACCGUGUAUGGAAACUAUAAUCACAAUAUCAGUUUACUUGCUUCACACUGUAAAGAUUAUUUUAGUGAAGAGACUAGUAAUCUUAUGGCGAAGUUGAGACGUGAUCUCGAAUACAAAGGGGACAUCGAUUGGCUGGAGACACUACAUCCCAUAACACAUAAGUCAUGUGGAGAGGAUUAUAACUUGGAAAGACUGGAGUUCUUAGGAGAUAGGUUCCUCAAGUUUGUCUCAACUUUAUUCUACUACCGGACCAUGCCUGAUAAGCAUGAAGGAUGGCUCAGCAGGUAUCGGUCUGAAAUGAUCUCAAAUCAAAAUUUAGCUGUGAGAUCUUGUAAAGAGAUAAAGCUGCCUCGUUACAUUCUCAACAAGAAAAUAGAUCCUAAGGAGCACUGGAUUCCCCCGUGUUUUCUGUCUUCAUACACAAUAGAUAAACUGAAAGAGGCAGAAGAAGUAGUCUCAUCAGCUUCAGAAGAGACCCUCAAUUCUCUUGAUCUUCUUCCCGAUACAGAGUUGUCUGCAGAGGUUCUGCGGGAAGUAAGUCGUCUUAAGAAGGCUCGAAUGUGCGUGGAGGUGAAGGAGUUCUUAGGGAAUCAAUCAGAUGAUAACAGUUAUAACGAUGCUGUAGUUCAGUUAUGUGAACUUAUCCCAGAUGGACAUCUUCAAAGGUUGGAAACUAAAGAUGUUGCAGAUAGUAUGGAAGCAUUGCUGGGGCUAUGUGUAGCAAAAUACGGAUACAGAAAGGGUGUUGACCUCCUCGACAGGAUUAGAAUUUCCACAUUCCAAGCUAAAAACGGAGCUGAUCCAGAGAUUUUAAAUGACCACCUCUAUGAACCAACCCCUCCUUCUCAGAUUAGCUCUUUACCACCAGUUGCUGUUAGGUUAGCUCGAUCUCGUUGUGAGAACCUUAGAAAUGUAGAGAAAGCUAUCGGUUACAAGUUUAAAGAACCAUUUUACCUGUUGGAGGCACUGACCCAUGCAUCAUUUAAUGAUAUAGAUACAUGUUAUCAAAGACUUGAAUUCCUUGGCGAUGCGGUGCUUGAUGCGUUGAUGGUAUUCCAUAUAUACGAGCAAAAACCACAUUACGAUCAGGGUCAGAUGACUGAUUUACUCUCUUCUCUUGUGUGUAACACUACCCUCUCCAAGGUAUGCACUAAACUUGAGCUACACAGAUCUUUACUUUACGACAGUGUUGAACUUUACAAUGUCCUAGCUCGCUUCUUCAUGAACUUUGAGAAUGACCAGUUGAAUGAAUGGUGUAAUGACCUCUCUUUGGAACGAGUGUUUGUGGACUCAGUUGAAAGUGACACUCCUGAUAGGAUACCAGUUCUAAACUUAGAAAGCAAGGUGGUGCAAGCUCCUAAACUACUCGGUGACCUGACUGAGUCUGUGAUAGGGGCAAUAUAUCUGGACUGUGGUGAGGAUAUAUUGAGGGUAUGGGAGGUUAUUUGGCCUUGGUUCAAACCUUUCUACAUUGCUUUCAGUGAGAAUAUACCAAAGAAUCCCAAAGCUGUGAUAAAUGAAUUGUAUCCUGGUUUGAGAAGAAUGACCGAAUCGUAUCCUGGAGAUCACUACAAGUUCAUUGCUACUGUAACCAUAGCGAAAAGGGACGAAAAUAACAAGGUGAGCAAAUACGACUUUAAAACUGUAGGCAGGGACAGAGAGACUGCGAUGGAAGUUAGCUAUGGGAGAGCUCUGCAUUUCCACAAGAAGUAUCUUGUAGAAAUGUGAACUAUUUUGUGGGAAUGUGAACUAUUUUGAAUCGCAUGUUAUAUAUUUUAUCCAUUGUCUACUAGGCCUUUCUUUUGCUAUUUGACUGUAAAAUUUUGAUUUAUUUCAUUUUUUUAAAGAAAGACCAACUUUGUUAGUUUGUAUACGAUUUUUUAUUAAUGUCCACUUAACACUACUGGUGAUAAUUGGUAAGUAGUCACUUCUGAUAUAAAUGUGAUCUUGAAGAAACUCAUCAAUUUUGUUUGAUUUUUCUAGAUUUUUUUUCACGAGAAUUAUGUUUUUUUCAAUCGAAUCGGUAUAAUUUAUUAGCUAUCAAUGCAAUGAUGAUGAACAUCUUAAGUUUACAAUAAUAUUAUAAAUGUAUUAAGUU